UUGGCCUCAUUUUAUAUGAAUUCAAGAGACGAAAUAUUGAAGCAAACAAAAACUUCGGCUAUGAAGCUUCGUUUUACUUUCACACUUCACCUGCAACAUUUCUACCACCAAAAAAAAUAACAAAAAAUCCGCCAUAGCCAAAAACCUUCAAACAAUUUCUUCAUCUUCUCCACAUGACGACAUCUCUUUCUUCUUCUCUUCUCUUUUUUCUGAAGCCCAUUUCCUUCUUCUUCUUCCUCUGUUUCCACCAUGCCAAUUCCCAGCUCUACCAACAAGAACACUCUGUUUUGCUCCGAUUGAACCAGUUCUGGCAAAAUCAAGCUCCAAUCAGCCAUUGGCUUUCCUCAAAUGCUUCUCAUUGUACAUGGCCGGAGGUUCAGUGUACCAACGACUCUGUCACUGCCCUGUCUUUCACUUUCUACAAUUUGAACGGAACCUUCCCCCCUUUCAUUUGCGAUCUCAACAAUCUCACCCACCUUGAUCUUCAACUCAAUUUCAUCACCGGUGGCUUUCCGACCACUCUUUACGAUUGUUCCAACCUUACUUACCUCGACCUCUCGCAGAAUUUAUUCGACGGGACGAUCCCUGAUGACGUCGACCGCUUGUCUCGCCUCCAAUAUCUUAAUCUUGGCGGCAACAGCUUCUCAGGGGAAAUUCCGGCGUCUAUUUCUCGGUUGUCGGAACUUCGGUUCCUUCAUCUUUAUGUGAAUAAAUUCAAUGGGACUUACCCAUCUGAAAUCGGUAACUUGUUGAAUCUGGAAGAAUUGCUAAUGGCUUACAAUUCAAAUCUGCAACCGGCUGAAUUGCCGUCCACUUUAGCGCAAUUGAAGAAAUUGACGUAUUUAUGGAUGACAGAGUCGAAUGUAAUCGGUGAAAUUCCUGAAUGGAUUGGAAACUUGACCGCCCUCGAGAAAUUGGAUUUGUCGAAGAACAAUUUGAUUGGGAAAAUCCCCAGUAGUUUGUUUACGUUGAAGAAUCUCAGUGUAAUUUAUCUGUACAAGAACAAUCUAUCAGGAGAAAUUCCUCAGCGGAUUGAUUCUAAAAAAAUCACCGAAUACGACUUUUCGGAAAAUAAUUUGACCGGAAGAAUUCCGGCAGCUAUCGGCGAUCUACAGAAUCUGACGGCUCUGCUUCUGUUUUCAAAUCAGUUAUAUGGAGAAAUCCCAGAAAGCAUCGGCCGUCUUCCAUUAUUAACAGACAUCCGAUUAUUCGACAACAAUUUAAACGGUACACUGCCACCGGAUUUCGGCCGGAAUUUGAUCCUCGAAGGUUUUCAAGUGAAUUCCAAUAAACUCACCGGAAGCUUGCCGGAGCACUUGUGCUCCGGCGGUAAGCUCAAAGGAGUGAUUGCUUACGAGAAUAGUCUUAGUGGGGAGCUACCAAAAUCUCUUGGGAAUUGCGAUAGCUUGAUCAUCGUUGAUGUUCAAAAGAACAAUUUUUCAGGGGAAAUUCCGGCCGGUCUAUGGACGGCUCAGAAUUUGACUUAUGUAGUGAUGAACAACAAUUCUUUCACAGGCGAUUUUCCGAAGAGAGUUUCCAAGAAUCUUGCGAGAUUUCAAAUCAGUAACAACAGAUUUUCAGGGGAAAUUCCAUCGGAGUUAUUUUCAUUUUGGAAUGUGACAGAGUUUGAAGCAAGCAAUAAUCUGUUGACAGGACAAAUUCCUGAAGAACUCACUGCUCUUUCAAAGUUGAACAAGCUUUCGCUUCAUGGAAAUCAACUCACUGGGGAGCUUCCAAAGAAAAUCAUUUCAUGGAGAUCAUUGCAGAGUCUUAAACUGAAUCGAAAUCGUCUUUCUGGUGAAAUACCUGAUGAACUUGGCGAUUUACCGAACCUUAAUGAUCUCGAUUUCUCGGAGAAUCGACUUACCGGGACAAUUCCGACUGAGCUAGGAAAAUUGAAUCUGAAUUUCCUUGAUCUUUCUUCAAAUUUUCUGUCUGGGAUAAUCCCAUCUGCAUUUGAAAAUGCAAUCUUUGCAAGAAGCUUUUUGAACAAUCCGGGUCUUUGUUCGAACAACGCAGUUCUAAAUCUCGAUGGCUGUAGUUUGCAGAAUUCGAGGAAGAUUUCGUCGCAGCAUCUUGCUCUGAUCGUAAGCUUGGGUGUAAUAGUAUCGAUACUCUUUGUAGUUUCUGCUUUGUUCAUAAUCAAAAUCUACAGGAAAAGUGGAAACAGAGCAGAUAUUGAAUGGAAACUGACCUCAUUUCAGAGGCUGAAUUUCUCGGAGGCAAAUCUUUUAUCUGGGCUAUCGGAGAACAAUGUGAUUGGGAGCGGUGGAUCCGGGAAAGUUUACCGGAUCCCGGUGAAUAGUUUGGCUGAAACAGUGGCCGUGAAGAAGAUAUGGAACAACAGAAAGUCAGACCACAAGCUCGAGAAAGAAUUCAUGGCGGAAGUGAAAAUCCUCAGUUCGAUUCGACACAAGAACAUAAUCAAACUCCUCUGCUGCGUUUCCUGUGAUACUUCACGGCUUCUCGUUUACGAGUACAUGGAGAAGCAAAGCCUCGACAAAUGGCUACACAAGAAGAACUCACCGCCGAGAAUUACAGGGUCGGAACCUAUUUGCGGUGUUACCCUCAAUUGGCCGACGAGAUUUCAAAUUGCAGUAGGGGCAGCACAAGGCCUGUGUUAUAUGCACCAUGAAUGCUCCCCGCCAGUAAUUCACAGAGACUUGAAGUCCAGUAAUAUCUUACUGGAUUCAGAAUUCAAUGCCAAAAUAGCAGAUUUCGGCUUAGCCAAGUUGCUCAUAAAGCAAGGGGAACCGGCCUCAGUCUCCGCCGUUGCCGGCUCUUUUGGAUACAUAGCUCCAGAGUAUGCUCAGACACCAAGAAUUAACGAGAAGAUCGAUGUGUUUAGCUUUGGAGUCAUUCUUCUGGAGUUGGCAACUGGAAAGGAAGCUCUCGACGGCGAUGCAGACUUGUCUCUGGCGGAGUGGGCAUGGGAGUAUAUUCAACAAGGCAAGCCACUAGCCGAUGUGUUGGAUGAGGAUGUGAAGGAACCACAAUAUCUUGAUGAAAUGUGCAGUGUUUUCAAAUUGGGUGUGAUUUGCACUUCCGGUUUGCCGACCAACCGGCCGAACAUGAACCAGGCAUUGCAAAUCUUGAUCCGUAGCCGAACCUCGACACCCCCAAACAAUGGAGAUAAAAAAAACAGGGACAGCGAAAGUACGCUGAGGAACAAUGACGAUUACUUGAAAGAUGUAACAGUCAAAGGUUCUCUCCAAUAGUCUCUUUUUUUAGGAUCAAGAUUCACCAUCACAUGUUUUUGAACCUUGGUCGUUAAAUAUAAUGUGGAGACUGAAGAGGACCCAGCACUCCAGCCACUGCUCCGAGCAGAAAUUGCUAGAGUUGAUAGGUCGGCUCGGUCUCUUUGUAAAUUUUGAAUAACAAUCCAUGUCACGUGUAUUUUAAGAACUACAAUAAUAAUAAAUGAGAACUCAUUCAA